GCUAAGGUGUAUGUAAACUUCCGACUUCAACUGUAUGUUCUCAAAAGGUCACUACACCAUCAAUUUAUAAUUGAUUUCGUAAUUAUGAAUAGAUGUGUGAUUGGUUAACAGAAAUGUGUAGUUUUGGUUUUAGCCGUUAUUUCCAGUGAAGUGUGAGUGGCUGAUUGAUCAUUCAUAUGACAGGCUCAACUGGAGCGGAACUUCGCCUUCUGCAGAAUACCAUCGAAUGGGAGGUUAUCGUUUGUUGCUAGAGAUGAUGAUCAAACUCACCCCGCGCGCCGCUCGGUCAUGGCGGGUCAACAAUGUGCGCUCGAUGUUUUACAAGGCAGUGUAAAAUGUUAAAACUAUCCAAUUAGAAAAUAAUGACGUGUGGUUGAUCGAGGUUUAGCAAAUAAUUCGAUGGGCAGCGACUCAAGUAAACAAAAGAGACAGGUGCCAAGCCAAGAGAGACGACGCUGGCAUGGCCUUCUCUCCAAUAUGGGAAUAUCCUUUACUGAUGGAAUUCGCCACCUUGGCCCACCGGGUCUGGCCACACAGUGCAUGGUGCUCGGCAGUGGAGCCCCAAUCACUGAGGACCUCCUCCCCCCAGGAGACAGCCCUCAGAAGCCUGUCAUGGAGUGGACUCUCCCUGGCUUGAUCUCCAUCUUUCUGCCUGAGUUCCCACACCGUAAAUUCCCUGGGCAAGACGAUUUCCAGAUCCUGGGCUUCAUAGCCAAAGGCUCUUUUGGUCCUAUCUUGAAAGUAAAGGACAGGUCGAAGGAGAAGACUUAUGCAGUUAAGGUUUUACCCAAGUCUGAGAUACUGAAGCAUGGGGUCCUGGAACAGUCAAAGGAGGAGGUCAUCAUUCAGCGGCAGGUCAGCCACCCAUUCCUCCACAAUCUGCAGGACUGCUGGCAGACCCAGCGCCACCUCUUCAUUAUGUGUGACUACUGCAGUACUGGAGACCUGUAUACCUACUGGUUACUGAAGGGCCAGUUUGGGGAGGAUGAGGCUCGGGUGUUCGCUGCAGAGCUAGGCUGUGCUUUGGGUUUCCUUCACGACUUUGGGAUCAUGCAUAGGGAUGUGAAGAUGGAGAAUGUCCUUCUGUCUGACCAAGGUCAUCUGCGUUUAACUGACUUUGGACUCUCUCGCCGUCUUGAGCGUGGCGCAAGAGCAUUUACAAUUUGUGGGACAAUCCAAUACAUGGCUCCUGAAGUCCUGAGUGGGGGUCCCUACAGCCAUGCUGCUGAUUGGUGGUCUCUCGGCGUUCUGUUGUUCUCAUUGGUGACUGGAAAGUUCCCUGUGCCUCCAGAGCCAGACCACUGCAACAUGCUGAGAAAGGUCAGAGACUGCCCAUACUCCAUGCCCAAGACCUUCAACCCUGCACUGGCCCUUCUGCUCACAGAGCUCCUAUGCAAGAACCCAGCUCAUCGCCUGCGUAGCCUGGAGCGCUUCAAAAGGCAGACAUUUUUCCGUGGCACUUCCUUUGACUCUCAGCUGCUACAGAAGAGACCUGUUGAACUAAUUCUAGAACUGAAGAACCAUCCUGAUCGUCUAGCCAAAGCCAUGCGAGGCCUGUCUAUGGACUACUUCCAGAACUUUGACUGUGACAUCCUCCACUCCCCUACCAGCCCCACUGACCAGGCCCUGGCUACAGCUCAGGGUUUAAGCGCAUGAGAUGUGCCUGUGCUACUGUGACUCAAUACUGACUGGAAUGGAAACAAGUAUGGACAUGUAUUUGAUAUAUACAUUUUGUACCACAUUGAUACUUGGUUGUGAAAAAGCUCCUGUAUGUUUUCUUUUUUUAUUUGGACUAUUUGGGAUGAUAAAUAUAGAUGAGCUUUAAUGCACUGAAAACCACCACUUACCAAAAAGGGUUUAUAACAGUUCUAUUUCCCAUUGAGAUUAACAGUACUGCAACUCAAAGCCUCUCAAGGCACUGCCUGUUAUAGCACAAACUAUUUCCAAAUGUGGAUCAACCACCUGCGUCUUUGACCUUUUACCUUUGUUAUUACAUUUGUAUAAGAAGAUCUCUAUUUUCCUGAAAAUCCUUUCACAUAUAUAUAUUUUUAACAAAGUAUUUAUUUAAUUCUGUGUUAUUUUAUGUUUGAUUGCUUAGGGCAUCUGAUUAUUUGAUUGACUGUUGUGUGACUGAUCACAAUGCCUUUGACUGUUCACAAAGUCCUGCUGUAUACACAUUUCUCAUUAUAUUUCACUAAUUGUUGUUGUGUUUUACCCAACGACAGUAACAGCUGAAUGAUGAAUGCCCCUAUAAACUCAUGAUGGAGUUGUCUCCUGUCAUGAUAUACUUGGAUAAAUAUCAAAGGAAAUAGGUACCUUUAAGCAUAGCCUCUUAUUUGGAGCUACUUGAAGUUUUAAAAAGAGUUGAUAAGUUCCACAGGUUUCCACAGGUUUUUUAGGUUAGAUGUUUUUAGCUGUUCCAGAUAUAGAGCCUGAGUUACUUCAGACACCUGGUAAUCAGUCAUGACAGCAGAGAACAUAUAUACAUUUGAGCCAGUACAAUACAAGAGGAGGCUUUCAGUUUAUUGUUACCAACAGAAAAGUAUAAAUCUUACGGAGUAUUAUUCAUUUGGAAGUUCAAAUGUUUUUUCACCUGAAAUCUGUGUGGUUCAGUUGGUAGAGCAUGGAGCUUGCAUGGGUUCGAUUCCUGUGGGGCCGUUGGCCAUCCAGAUGAAAAUGUAUGGAUAAUGCACUACUGCAAGUCCUUUUGGAUAAACGCGUCUGCUACAUGGCAUAUAUCAUAUAUUAUGUUAACACAUACUGUACGUUAUUUGUAUUGCACUACAACUGGAUACAUAAAGCCAACUUAUUCCCCAGA